AAGCAGGAGGAGCGCAGCCCCACUUUGAUCUAGACAUCGGACCAAAGCUGAGAUGCUUUGGAGCUGGAAGCUGCAGUUUGGUGUUUCAUCAUCAGAGAAAAGCAAGGUUUAGACUUUAGUUUGUCUUCAGAAGGACAGAUUAAUGGACACCUGUCUCUACUGUUCAUUCCUUAAAUGAUUUGACUUGCAUUCACACUUGAUUUCAUCACACCAGGUUUUGUCAGCUUCAUCAUAGGUUUCACCCCAGUCACGCAGUGACUCCCACUCGCCAUGAACAAUGGAGUCAACAUCAAAGUUCUAUCCCAGAGCCAAAAAGAUGCAGGCGUUAGUUCAAGUCUGCCUUUACCUCAGACCAUGAUGCCUCUGCCAAAGAUGGAUUCCAAACAGUACAGCGGCCUUCCCAUUCCCAAAGUGCAGUAUCAGCUCACUGCCAGAGGACAACCUGCAUAUUUUUCAUCAUCUGCUUCCUCUGGUCCUGCAGAAGUGGUGAGAGGUAAAGCUUUAAAAGCAAACCUACUGCAGCAAAAGCCUGGAAUGUAUUCUAACAGAGGCCCAGCCACUACAGAGCGAACCAAUGGGACAUGUUCGGCAUACAGCAGCCCUCAGAUACCAAAGAGGGACAUUCCACGUUCCAAAGACACGUUGGACCUCCGAAACAGUGCAGUGACACAUAAGGCUUUAAGAGACCUACAGUUAAAGAGAAACACCAACAAGAACUGGACGUUUGGAAAGAGUCGUCUAAGGAAUCUAGAUAAUGCACGAGAGGGAGAUACCUUUCUCAAGCUCUCAGCUAAUUUUCACUCAGGCCAAGAACGAGGACAUCUUCUUUAUACCAAAGGGACAAAUGGGAAUGAAAAAUCAUGCCCUCCUUCUGCUGGACUGGAGCCCUUCCAAAGAGAUGUGAGGGACAUCUCAAACCAGGACUUAGGAACUUUUGUGGGAGAUUUGUUUGGUAACAAACCAAGGGAUUCUUACCAGAAGUUUAACAUGAAACGCAGAGGGAGUGAACCAGGAAAAAUCAGCAUGGCGGCUAUUGCUCCUUUUAGGUUCAGGUGAGGGCAGGUUUCACCUUUUCAAGUUAGAAAGAUAAGCAGAUAACUUUUUUUCUGACAAGAAGGACAAAAAUCUUCAUUUAUAUCAGUUUUUCCUUGGUCUUUAAAUCAGUUACCAAGACUUGGAUUUGUUUUAUACAUUUGUUGAACUGCUUUUGUGUUUGACUGUAGGUUUCAGGUCAGUGAAGACACAGAUACUACCCUCGA